AUGUAUCAUUGUUUUUGUUUCUGUUUUUUAUUGUUUUUGAGCAACAAUAACAAAAAUAGUAGCCUGGUCUUGUGCAGUGAUCAAAGUUUUUAUCCACAAGAAAGGGAGGCUUUGUUGUUUAUAAGGGAUUCUCUAAAUUCUUCUAUUGAUUUGCAUGGGAAUUGGGUUGGUCCACCAUGCAUUGGAGAAAAUCAAAGCAAAUGGUUUGGUAUCACUUGUUCUAAUUUUCAUGUUGUUCACAUUGUUCUUGAAGGGAUUAACCUUAGUGGAACUUUGAAAAAUCCUACAUUCCUUCAAAACAUUACUCUCUUGAAGAAACUCAGCUUCAGAAACAAUUUGCUUCUUGGGAUGCUACCAAAUCUCACAAAUUUGGUGUCUUUAGAAGAAGUGAUCUUUUCAGAUAAUCACUUCUCAGGGAAAAUUCCUUCUGGGUAUGUUGAUCUUCCUAGUCUAAGAGUUUUGGAGCUGCAAGAGAAUUACUUGGAUGGUCAAAUUCCAUCCUUUGAUCAACCAUCAUUGGAAAGUUUCAACCUUUCAUAUAAUCAUUUGGUGGGGCCUAUUCCUCAGACUCAUGUGAUUCAAAGGUUUCCAGUGAGUUCCUUUGACAAUAACACAGAUCUUUGUGGAAAGCCAUUGGAUAAGUUAUGUCCUGAACCUUCUCCUGCUCCAUCUCCUAUGCCAGAACCAGAAGUUAGAAAAAAUAAGAGACUCAAAGUUUGGAUUAUUGCUUUGAUUGCUUCUUCUUCUGCACUGUUUCUGUUUCUGAUCAUCAUUGCUUUGUUGUUUUGUAAAAGAAGGGCUAGUGCAGAAGAAACAAGAAGAAAAGAUUCAAAAGAUUCAGCAAGGUAUGUAUUUGGAGCAUGGGCAAAGAAAAUGGUGUCUCAUUCCUUCAGUGAAGACUCUGAAAGAUUAGGAAGAUUGGAAUUUUCCAACAAGAAGUUUCCAGUAUUUGACUUAGAUGAUUUGUUAAGGGCAUCAGCAGAAGUUCUAGGGAGGGGCAAAUUGGGUAUUACAUACAAAGCAACACUUGAAAAUGGUGCUCUUGUUGCUGUGAAGAAACUUAGCUGCAUGAAUGAAUUGAGCAAAAAGGAAUUUCUUCAGCAGAUGCAAUUGCUUGGGAGCAUCAAGCAUGAAAAUCUUGUAGAGAUUAUAUCUUUCUAUUAUUCCGAGGAGCAAAAGCUCAUCAUUUAUGAGCUUAUGAAUGAUGGAACUUUGUUUGACCUCUUACAUGAGGGUAGAGGAAUUGGAAGAAUGUCACUUGAUUGGAACACAAGAAUGUCCAUUAUCAAAGACAUAGCAAAGGGUGUUGCAUUUCUUCAUGAAUGUUUGUCAUAUCAAAAGGUCCCUCAUGCAAACCUAAAAUCAACCAAUGUCCUAAUUCAACAAGAUAGCCAAGGAGCCUACAACCAUUCCAAGCUCACAAAUUAUGGAUUCUUUCCACUUCUAAGUUCAAAGAAGAAAAACCAUGCUGAGAAACUAGCCAUAAGCAAGUCAACAGAAUUUGUCAAAGGGAAGAAACUAACACACAAAGCAGAUGUUUAUUGCUUUGGUAUCAUCAUGCUUGAGAUCAUAACUGGGAAGAUUCCUGGCCAAGUAACUAGUGCUAAUGAUGAUGAAAUUGUAAGUGAUCUUUCAGAUUGGGUGAGAACUGUGGUGAACAAUGAUUGGUCCACAGAUAUAUUGGAUUUAGAGUUAUUAGCAGAAAAAGAAGGGCAUGAUGCAAUGUUGAAGUUAACUGAAUUAGCACUAGAAUGCACUCAUGUUAUGCCAGAUAAUAGGCCUAAGAUGAGUCAAGUGUUAAGGACAAUACAAGAGAUAGAACAAAAUCACAAGAGCCAAUAA